UAGGUCAAAAGUGUACUAUAUCUAAACUUAGAGAUCGCAAAGUCGCAUUCAAGAGAAUUUUAGGGGUAAAUAGCCCUAAAAGAUUCAUCUGUCUUCCUUGUCCAGGCAAUCAUACUCGGCGUCGAAGCCCAAGUACCCCAGGAAAGAAUUCUCUCAGUUCACAACAGUUAACAUCCUCAAUAUAUAUAUAUACCCCAAAUACAAGAGUAAAAGUACAUAACUCUUUUCGGGGCCCCGAAGAUGUCAUCGUCGGGUCGAGAUUUACAGGUGGUUCCUGCGACGGGGAGGCAGGUGGCUGCCCUACCUCCUCGACCUCCAGCUCCUCCUUCUUCCACCGCACUUGUGGAAUACACGCCACCUGCGGCAAAUCCUGAAGAUGAGGAUCUGGAGAUAAAGCUACGUCGUAUACUUGAAUGUGUGCCUGUUAGGGUUAGCAAUACUUCUGGUAGUUCUGCCGGUUCUGGCUCUGGCGACUUUCAUCAGUAUCGGCAGAUGAGACGGAGAGAACAAGACCGGCUUGCAAGGAUGGAUGUUGACUACCAGAGAAGGAAAGAGAUUGCUGAAUUCAACUUGAGAAGAGAAGAAAAAUUAAAAGCUACAGAAGAGAGGACAGCCAAAAAACGUGCAAGGCGGCAGAAGAAAAAGCAGAGGAAGAAGGAGAAGAAGAGUAGUUCUGGUGCAGGCGGAGAAGAAAACCAUAGGGAAGAGUUGUCUGGUGAUGAUGAAGCUGACUCCGACAACAACUAAGAAGGGAGAGAUGAUUUGACUUCAAAUUUAGCUUUGCCAAGACGCUUGGAUCAGGAGCUUGCAUGCGCUAUAUAGUUCGAAAACUUGAGAUGAUGUAACAUAAGUAACACUGUGAACAACUUUUCAAAAUAUUCCUCCUGUUCUUUUUCUCUGUUUUUUUAGUUGAAAAAGAUUGGCCUCUAGAAUACGUGGGGCUUGGAA